UUGUCCAUAGACUUUGUGUUCUUUGAAGAAUCAGCAUCGGCGCCAUAUCAGAUACGGAAAAUCGAAGAACUCAAUAAGGUUACCGCGAAUGAGGUAGAUGUCAAAGUAAAGUGCUUCUAUCGUCGUCGUGACUUACCCUCACAUCUGAACGAGACGCAUCCCCAAGAUCUUUUAGUCGAAGGGCUUUCUAAGGCUCAGCUGCACCAGCUAAGUCAUCGUGAGUUGUUUAUUUCUCGGCACGUCGAGAUUCUUCCUGCUACGCAUAUUCGCGGAAAGUGUAAUGUCACUAUGCGAGAUGAACUCUCAGAAGAAAGUUUACAGUCACUGUUGGACAAGGAAGAUACCUUCUUUUUCCAACUUGUUUACGACCCAACUAAGAAAACUCUCCAGGCAGACAAGGGGUCUAUUCGAGUUGGAAGUGACUUUCAAGCGACGGUUCCCGAUCGAAUUGAACCUUAUCGGGUCGAUACAAAUCACAGGACACGUGAAACAGAGACUCUUGUUUGGUCUCCACCACCGCCUUCCACAUUGUCCCCCACUGAGAUUGACGCCUAUGUGACCAUGUGCAAGUCGCUUGCAACUUUGGCUCGCGCUUACUAUCCGCCCGCGAGUUUACGACAACCGAGCCUAGUAGCGUCUGCUGCAUGUGCUUCACGAGGCACCACUCUCCAGCUUGCAUUAGACACCCUGCACGAAGCUGGGUAUUCUAUUUCAAAGGCACUUCAGAUUCUGGCACCCCCCCAUCAGGGUCCAGUUCUUCGGUUAGAUGAAAUGGAGGAGUGGUCAAUUGCAGAGGGGAACUUAUUUCAGGAAGGCCUGCAGAAAUUUGGAAAGUGCUUUCAUGACAUCCAAACCGACAUUCUCCCAUGGAAGUCCACCAAGAGCCUCGUUGCUUUCUACUACAUGUGGAAAACGACGGAUCACUACUUCCAGCAGAAGCGAGCUAAAGCUAUGGGAGAUGCUGAGCACAAACUGAAGCAGAUAUACAUUGGCAACUACAAUAAACCAAAUCAAUCAGUCCUCUACCCCGCUAACCGACCCGACUCGCCCCCUGCCUGUGAGGGAUGCGACUCCACCUCCACACCCACCCAGUGGUACGCUUUGGGUGUUGCGCCUGCCAUUCUGAAGGUCUGUGCCGAUUGUUGGUCCUAUUGGAAACGGUACGGCGACCUCAAACACACCUCAGUGGCUGAAAAAUUGGGUUCCCUUACCUUGGUCUACAAGUGCCCGAUGCAGACGUGUGACGAAGAAUUCGAGGAAAAACCCGAGUUGGCCCUUCAUUUGGACGCGAAACAUCCCCAGUAUGGUAGUGCCUGUGCCAGCCAGGUCCACCCUACGCCCUCCACUCGCGUGUCCUCCUUAAUGCUGAAAAAUGCCGCCGUCAGUCGAAGUAAUUUCUACUUCCUCGCCCUCCCGACCCUGCGCUUUGCACGGCGUCUGGAGCAGACCCUGACGCGCAAACGCGGUCGUAGACCUUUUAAGGCGAUUGUGACCGAGGCGGGGUUAAGGGAGCGGGUGGUGUCUCGCCUGUCCGCUCACCCCGCCCUCGUCCAACGCCUUGCCUCCGUCGUCUAUAAGGGGGAGAAGGCGAGGCAGCCGAACCUUGAUCCUGCCAGGCGACUGCUCGCCUUUACUAGCAAAUUGGGUGGCGAAGACGAAACUGAUUCUGCCCCCAGCCAAAUCGGUACUUCGCACAAUUCCUCGAAACCCUUCUUUGAAAACCCAGCGCCUACCAAAGGGCCUUGUGGCUAUUCCAAGUCAUUUUCUGAAAAGGAUGUUGGCUUUUCUCCCACAUUAGCAGAUGGAGCCAGUGAUAGCAAUUCCCUCCCCCCUCUCUCCGUUUCCAGCAUCGUGGCCUCGCCUGCGAACCCCAGUGCUGAAACCCUCAUGUUCCACGCAGCCAAAACUCUAAAGUACACUUCUACUUUUAAAUUGUAA